AUGAAUGAAGGUCAAUGCGAGCUACCAGCCUACCAUGGACGACGACACCACCGAACCAAGAGCUUCGACACCCACCGCACCAACCCCCUCACCAGCCCCCUCUCCGCCGCCAUCCCCACCACUCCCAAGAUCCUCGAGCUCGGCUCCGGCACCGGCAUCGUCGGAAUCGUCGCCGCCGCCACUCUCGGCUGCAAUGUGACCAUCACCGACCUCCCUCACGUGGUUCCCAAUCUCAGAUUCAACGCGGAAGCCAACGCCGGCGUUGUGGGGUCCAGCGGUGGGGCCGUGAAUGUUGCGGCGCUGAGGUGGGGCCAGGGUGAUGACGUGGAAGAGAUUGGUCGGGAGUUCGAUGUUAUUGUGGCGUCGGAUGUAGUGUAUCAUGAUCACCUUUAUGAGCCUCUGCUUGAAACGCUGCGUUUGAUGAUGUUGGUUGAGAAGGAAAAGAAGAAGAAGAAAAUGGUGUUUGUGAUGGCUCACACGAGGAGGUGGAAGAAGGAAUCAGUGUUCUUCAAGAAAGCGAGGAAGCAUUUCAAUGUUGAUGUUUUGCAUGUUGACACUCCUAGCAAUGGUUCUAGAGUGGGUGUUGUUGUUUACCGUUUUGUGGGGAAGGGUUAGGUUCCAAAUUUUCAAGAUAGUGUGAUUCAUAAUUCAAGUUUGACAAACACAAUUGUAAUUUGCAAUUAACAUUUGCUUUUUUUUGGUUACAUUUGGAAAAGAGCAAAGUAACAUUUGCUUA